UGUAACAUUAAACUGCCUUGCACGCAUCAGCGAGUUUCGUUACUGAUCCGUUGCUCCCUGAACGAUAUUAAGCAGCUGCACCUUAUAUGCCCAAAUUGAAAGAUAUGUGCGCGUAUGUUUCUGUGAAAUGUUUUAUCAAAAUGUAUUGUUAUGAAAUUGUCUUGAACCGAAUUUCAUUUGAAAUGAGAAUGGCCUCAUCACCCCCAGCGUCCGCGUGACUGUUGCGUGCGCAGUUGUAUUGCUGCCUUACAAGCGGGAAAACCCCAGAAACUGUACCUGGUUUAGGUAAUCUGUGCAAGGUUGUUCAUUUAGAUUGUCUGCAAGAUAGAACACGCGCUGCUGUAAAGUCCAGUGGUUUUGUCGAAAGAUGAAGGGCAUUUUCUGUAACCCUGCUUUGCUACUGGGACUCGUGUGCCUUCAGAUACACGUAGUCUCAUCCUUGAAAUGCUACCAGUGUGUAAACUUGGUGACCAGCAACAGCUUUAUCGGAGAGUGGCCGACGAAUGAAGCAUGUGCAAGCGAAACCUUCGACCCGACCCAAGUUGUGCUGCAGGACUGUGGAACCAGCUUCGGCAAGACGGCCAUGUGUGAGAAGUGGGAGGGCAAGUUCACCAUCGAUUACUUCCUAUUACAAGCCGACGUCAGUGGGACGGUGCGAGGUUGUGCCUUUCUUCCAAUCGGCGAGUUAGUGGAUGGUUGCGUCAGCUCUACGGACACCAACGGCUUGUCCUUGUUUUCAGACUUGUUGGGGUUCCUACUUGAGUUGUUCAGUUCGAUUUCUGACGUUGAAGCCACGUACUGCUCAUGCGAGCGGGAUUACUGCAACGCGGCCCCUGCUUUGUCCCAGACUGCUCCACUAGUGCUGAUGAUUGCUUUCCUGUUCGGCCAAGCAUUUGUGCAGUAAAGAGGUUUUUUGAGCGCAUGG